AUCGAACAGAUCAAUCCUUCAUAUCCCUGCAAGUCCAAGUACAUUAACCACCCCCAUCAUGAUCCUACAGCGUGCAAGACAUGUCUGCACACAUAUUUCCCGCAAUACUCUCCCGCGCACUAGACAUUUUUCAACGCCUCCUCCCCCAUCCACACCUGCAGAAGAUCAAUUUCAUCGCCUGGACCUGCGCGUAGGUAAAAUCCUUUCCGUCGCCUCACAUCCUUCCGCAGAUGCGCUGUAUGUCGAGACGAUCGAUACAGGGGAUAAGGAGAGGACGAUUGUAAGUGGUCUAAAGCGAUUUUAUGCUGUGGAGGAUCUAGAGAAUAAACAUGUGGUCGUGGUGUGUAACAUGAAACCAGCCAAGCUGCGCGGCAUUCGAUCAGAAGGGAUGCUGUUGGCAGCUUUCAAUACGACAUUGGUCGAAGUGCUCGAGCCGCCUUCUACAAGUCUGCCUGGCGACAAGGUCUAUGCACAAGGAUUUCCACAAGGUCCCAUAGACACGGUCUUGAAUCCCAAACGUAAGGUUUUUGAAGCCUGUCAACCACAUUUGGGCACAAAUGGGGAGGGUGUAGCAACGUACAAGGGCGUCCCGCUACAGACGGAUAAGGGCUUUGUAAGGGUCAAGAGUAUUCUCAACGGAACAGUCAGCUGAUCCUAUGCGCAACAUGUCUUGUAAAUAGAAUAAGGGUUAAAUCAUGUUACAUUGUCCA